CCUUUUAAAAAUACAGUGACCUGUGUCCGAAGGUUUUUUUUUCUGUUUCACGUGUAUAUACAUUCGUUUCGUUAUGUUUAGUAACAGGAUGGGUACUUAGCGUUCCCUGAGAAACAUAUGCAGCGGAGAGAUGUCGGGAGGGACUUUUGAGGAUAUCACGGCCGUGCAACAGAUGAUUUCAUCUUGCACGGGCGCCAUCCUCACCUCACUUCUUGUGACGCCAUUUGAUGUGGUGAAAAUCCGUCUGCAGUCCCAGAAAGUGCCGCUGGUGAAAGGGAAAUGCUUUUUGUACUGCAAUGGGUUAAUGGAUCAUUUAUGCACAUGUCUUAAUGGGGGCAAUAAUGGAUAUUGGUAUAAAAGAAAAGUGCCUGGUCCCUACAAAGGCACAGUGGAUGCUAUGAUGCAGAUUACUAGACAUGAGGGCUUUCGAUCCCUGUGGAGUGGUCUACCUCCCACAUUAGUUAUGGCUGUACCUGCCACAGUGGUUUACUUCUCCUGUUAUGAACAUUUUAGGAAUUUAUUUGGUUAUUCGGCAGGUCUAGCAGAAAACGAUUGGUGGAAACCCAUUAUGGCAGGAGCUAGCGCUCGAACAUUGGCAGUGUUUGCUAUCAGCCCACUUGAGAUGGUCAGGACAAAGAUACAGUCUGAGCAGCUGAAUUACAGUCAGGUUCUGACAGCAGUACAGCAUACAGUGAGGGAAGGAGGCAUGGUCAAGUCCAUGUACAGAGGCCUCACACCAACUCUCCUCAGGGAUGUCCCAUUCUCAGCUUUUUACUGGUUUGGAUAUGAGGGAAUGAAGUCAAUCAUUUUAAGCAAAUCUUUAUCACAUAAGAUGACUACUGUUGAAAGUUUUUGCUGUGGAGCAGUAUCUGGAGGGAUUGCUGCCAUUUUAACUUUGCCUUUCGAUGUAAUCAAAACCCAUCGCCAAAUUUCUAUUGGGGAAAGACGAAUUAGAGGUUCCCAGGAAAUCACUUCAACACUACGCCUUAUUAUACAGCUGUACCAAAGGGAGGGAAUGCAUGCUUUGUUUGCUGGUCUGGUUCCAAGAGUUGUGAAAGUAGCACCAGCAUGUGCCAUCAUGAUCUCUUCCUAUGAAUAUUUCAAGAACUUCUUUAAAACCAGGAAUCGAGAGCAAAGAGAAAUUGAUAACUACAGGCAAUUGUAAAGUCAGUUGUUGGUGCUGUUGUGUGUUUGUAUCUAGUCCUAGAGGUGACUGAGCAGGUGAAAUGAUGAACUGUGUUAACUUUAUUUUGUGGUAAUUGUCCAUGUGUGAAAUUCAAAUAAAGCAUAAAUUAAAGUCUUGUAUGCCACAUUUUUUAUGAUUACUUGCUGUGAUAAAAUAUAACAUUAAAUGUAUCAUAAGUUUGAAUAUUUCCAGAUGUGUAUAAUAUAGUGUAAAAGCUGCUUUGAUUGCAGUUAUUAAAUGUACCGGUAAAUGUUCAGAACUGUCCCAUAUUUCAUCAUGAUUUAGCAUCACUUUCACUGUCUGACAGAUUUUUACUGCAUUUACCUCACUGUUUGACAGGAAUGUUUGAUGCAAAAAAAGGGUACAUGGUUAAGGAAAUGUACUUGCUGCAUAUAUUUUUUUUUAUUUACUUGUGUGCUUGCAGCAUAUCUGGCAUAAUUAAAUUCUUCAUACAUUUUAUUUUGAAUUAAGAUUAAUUUCUUUUGUGUGUAAUUGUUUCACAAAUGUCACUUUAUGUCAGUACUUAUGUUUACAUAGGAUUAUACAUCAGAAUUUUUACAUAUUCAUGUAUAUUAAUGAAAUUGAUGUCAUCGUAAUUCCAAGAUACUGUACUUGCAUGUUUUUAAUAUUAUUAGUGUUUUAGGUUUUAAAAAAUCUCAUCCUAAUUAAUGAACUGGGUAUAGAACAAUAGAAUGUUUUACAUGUAUAUAUAUGUAUGCUAGUUCCCUACUUUACUCAGGAUAUGCAUAUACAUAUGUAUGUGUUCUGUAUAAAUAACAAAAUAAUUAAUGCUAUUGUAUUGAUUACCGGUAUAUAUAAUUCAUUCUCUAUGUAAUUAAAUGUUGAUUUAAUGUUUAUUUUAAAUUUUAAACAUAAACAGCUGUAUUUUAAAAGUUAGCCAAAGUGCAUUCAAUCAGUUGAAUAAUAUGAAAGGGAAAUUGUAAGGGUUUCCAUUGUUAAUAAAUGACCUAAAAUAA